GGACCCAGCUUCCACUCGUCGUGCUGUUGCCAUGGAAAUCCCCGUGGCAGCAGCAUCGCUCUCUGUAGCGCCAGGAGAGCCGGAGGAGCAGCGCAAGCCCGCCCUACCCUUUCACCGUGGACAGCACCAUAGGACCAGACCGCCGUUCAACCACGGGAGAUUUUAUAUGCUGAUAGUUAUUGGAGAAAUCUCAACGGACCACCACCUUCAGUCUGCCAAAAACCACAUAAAACAGGGACUGCGGUCGUGGGACAUCGAUCUGACUCUGUGCGACCUGAACAGAGAGCUACAGCUCUUCGCGACGCGACACUCUGCCCAGUUCUCCUCAGAGGUCAAAGUCGACACGUGAGGAGGACUGAGGACCGUAGAUCAGCAGAGAGAGUCCCCUCUGGUCCGGUCCCUUUGAUCUGUUGCUCUGCUCCCCUGCAGUCGACACGUGAGGAGGACUGAGGACCGUAGAUCAGCAGAGAGAGUCCCCUCUGGUCCGGUCCCUUUGAUCUGCUCCUCUGCUCCCCUGCAGUCGACACGUGAGGAGGACUGAGGACCGUAGAUCAGCAGAGAGAGUCCCCUCUGGUCCGGUCCCUUUGAUCUGCUCCUCUGCUCCCCUGCAGUCGACACGUGAGGAGGACUGAGGACCGUAGAUCAGCAGAGAGAGUCCCCUC